UGACGUGCUGAACGAAAACGUGUUUUCGACUAUUUCUGGCCGACGCAGGUUUGGUCAUUUAAGAGUUAGCCAAAUUUUGUGCUAGGGCACAUAACCGUUUUUAUUAUUCUUACGUUACGUUUCGGAAAGUAUAAAUAUAUGCCCGAAUACAUUUCUGCUUUAGUUUACCCAUGGCUUAUCUUGAUUCUCCGAUAACUAGCAGGCCAACUUAGAAUUAUUGGCGAUAGAUUUUCCGAACCUAUGUGAUUCAUUGAAAACUUUUCCUCAAUGGAAUGAAAUGGAAAUAGGAGCUCAGAUGAAAUAGAGAGCCGUUACACUUGUUAUUUAUGUUUCCAAGCACAUCGUCUUUUUGUCAUAUUAACUUAAUUAUCAUCAAUAUCGUUACUUAUUUCAAACACAUAUUCAAUCACAGCUAUGCUUUUGGCCAAUAGUGGAAAAUAAACUUAUUGACUUAUUGAUCGACGUGUUGCUAAAGUUAUUGCACGUGUGCUAAAGUUGUUGCACAUUUCAAUUGACACGAAUUAAAGGUAUUGCUUUACUUUUACUUGGCUCUUUUGAAUGCAUAUCGGGAAUACUUGAUUUGACCUUCUUUUAUUAUACUGCCCGUCUAAUGAAGGUCUUUGCAGCAAAGUUACAAGUUUUGCAUUAUGACGCUCCUUUUUGCAGCUGCGAAUGAUUGUGCGUUGGGCAUGAGUUAGAAGUAACAUUGUGCACAGAAAUGCAAUAGGAAUGGUUGCGUGACUCAUGCAAAUUUAUGCUGAUUCGCAUAGUUCUACAUGGUUUGCGUGUAGAAUUACAUACAAUUAUAGAAGCACCACACGCUUCAACCUGUUGAAUAUUCAUCAUUUAAUGCCCAUAAAAAGUAUCAAGAAUCCUUUCCAUUUAUUCCACGGUGACCGUUUCUGGCGAAAGGAUGCUUCGAGGCAAACGGAAUUCAAUUCGUACCAAUGUCGGAAAUCUUUUCCAUGAAUAUUGUGCUAACAGUUCCGUUCACGGUGUUCGCUAUUUGAGUUGUCGGGAGCGAACUGCGUGCGAGAAGUUUUGGUGGUUGUUGGUGUUCCUGCUUUCGAUCGGAAGUUGCAGUUUGCUGAUUCGGAAAAUCUAUCACAAAUGGGACCAAACACCGGUGAUUGUGAGUUUCGACGAAAAAUCCACCCGCAUCUGGCAGAUUCCAUUUCCGGCCGUGACCCUCUGCCCACAGACCAAGGCUGGCCAAUCCUGGUUGAAUUUCAGUCGUGAACACAUCGAAAACAUGGUGGGAGAGGAUGUCAUUCCAGACCAUAAUAUGACGGAUUACUUCAUCGCGAUGGUGCAGAUGUGUGAACGUACAUUCUAUCACGUGCUACAUAAUAGUGAAAUGCUGCCGAACAAAACUAGCUCCGACAGCUUCGCUACCCUAAUUGAUGACAUGUCGAUUCCGAUGAAGGAAACAAUCCAUUUUUGUUUCUUUCGCGGGCGAAUUGUCGAUUGUGAAGCUCUUUUUCGCAAGACCAUAACAGAGGAUGGCAUUUGCUUCACUUUUAACGGUCUUUCAAACGAGCAAUUGCUGCGACCAGAGACAGUUUUCCUGAAGGAAGAUUUUCCUCUAUCCGAAAUUCGUAAUGCCUCAGACUGGACUCUAGAGCACGGAUACUCGGCUCAAUCUGAUCUCUCAUCAUACCCAUAUCGAACGGUAGCCUCCGGUUAUUCAUCCGGACUCGCAAUGAAUUUGAUAACGAAUAAUAGAAAUUAUGAUUAUCUUUGUGGUGGACCCGUCCAAGGACUAAAGGUUUUGUUGCACUCUCCUGCCGACUACCCGCAAGUUUCGAAGAAGUUCAUUCGCGUUCCGCUAAACCAAGAGGUUACAAUCGCCGUGAAACCACAGAUGAUUGUAACCGCUGAAACGUUACGAAACUAUGCCCCCGAACGCCGACAGUGUUUUUUCGACCACGAACGAUAUCUGCGGUUCUUUCAAGUCUACACCCAGGAUAACUGCGAACUGGAGUGUUUGACCAAUUUCACCUUUCGGUACUGCGGCUGUGUGAAGUUUUCGAUGCCUCAUUCCAAUCGAACCGCGAUAUGCGAAUCCAACAAAAUCGAUUGUAUGAUUCUUGCGGAGAACGAACUACUCGAGAUGGACGCCGUGAAGCAUCGGAAAGGGGAAUGGAAUUAUCGAGCCGAUUGCAACUGCCUGCCAUCGUGUACUUCGGUCCAGUAUGACGCAGAAAUAACGCAAACUGACUUCGACUGGAUGAAAUGGUCCGUUUCCUACGGAAUGUCAUUGAAAGGAUCAGAAGGGGUUCACAUUUCACGGCUCGGGAUCUACUACAAGGAGGCACAAUUUAUGGCCUCGAAGCGAAGCGAGCUGUACGGAUUGACGGAUUUUCUGGCCAACUGCGGAGGACUGCUGGGACUUUGUAUGGGUGUCAGUUUGCUGAGUUUAGUCGAACUGGUCUACUUCUGUUCGGUACGACCGUUUGUCCUUGGACGAAAUACUAAGGAGAUGUCAUCGAAGGCCGAGAACGAUACUCCGGCUAUUAGUUUGCUAUCAACAGCCGUUGGGAUUAAGGAUGGCUUUUGAAAAUGUCAUUUUGGAAAACAUUUUACAUUCGUAUCAAAUUGAAUGUUGAUACAUUUUAAAAGAACUCUCAUUAAAUAAAUUUCAACGUCGCUUAACCAGAACAAAUCGAGAACUGUUAAGUUUUUCAUGCCUCGUUUACGUGAUCUACUACAGAUCUAAUGGUCACUUGCGCACACAAAAAAUCCCAAAAUCUGACUUAAACUAAUUUGAAUCUUAUGCCGUUUUUCAUUAAAAAACACUGGUGGCGUGGACUGCUCUGAUUUUGCACUUUGGACCAGAAAUGCAGUAUUCUGAUGGUGUUUU